AUGGAUGACGUCGAAAGAUCAAUCUCCCGUUUGUGGAGAAGCUUCAGGACGGUGAAGGAGAUGGUUAGAGACAAGGGCUACUUUAUUACGGACGAGGAGAUCAACAUGACCUUGGAUGAGUUCAAAAGCAAAAUCUGCCCUAUGGGUGAACCACAGAGAAAGUUGAUGUGUUUCCAGGCACAGCCUACUCCAGAAGCUUUGGAGAGAUUCCCAGAGAUGGGUUCAUUGUGGGUUGAGUUCUGUGAUGAGGCUUCUGUCGGUAUCAAGACCAUGAGAAACUUCUGUAUCCACAUCAGUGAAAAGAACUUCAGCACAGGCAUUUUCAUCUACCAAAACUCUAUAACGCCCAGUGCCAACAAGUUGAUACCUACUGUGUCGCCUGCCACCAUUGAGGUUUUCCAGGAGAGCGAUCUCAUUGUGAAUAUCACCCACCACGAGUUGGUGCCUAAGCACAUUCGUUUGUCCAAGCUUGAAAAGAAGGAGUUGUUGGACAGAUACCGUUUGAAGGAGUCUCAGUUGCCACGUAUCCAGAGAGAAGACCCUGUGGCUCGUUACUUCGGAUUGAAGAGAGGAGACGUUGUCAAGAUCAUCAGACGGUCCGAGACUUCGGGCCGGUACGCAUCGUACAGAAUCUGCUUGUGA